AUGACCUGCAGGCCGUGUUGGCAGCGGUGGCGUGCGCUGAGCCUGAAGUCAGCUCCCACGUCAGCAUCACCACGGGAGGUCACACCACCUCCCACAGCUCCCACAGGCCCCACGCCCCCGCCCACGCUCCUGUCCCCCACCGCCCCUGCCCCUCACCGCCCAGCCCCUCACCACCCAGCUCCUCGUCUCCCGGUUCAUCACGCCCCUGCCCCACGCCACCCUGCUCCUCAUCACCCAGCUCCUCACCGCCCAGCCCCCGCCCCUCACCGUCCCGUCCACCGCCCAGCCCUCGCCCCUCACCGCCCCGUCCACCACUCCGCCCCCGUCCCUCACCGCCCCGUCAACCACUCUGCCCCCGCCCCUCACCGUCCCGUCCACCGCCCAGCCCCCGUCCCUCACCGCCCCGUCCACCGCCCAGCCCCCGUCCCUCACCGCCCCGUCCACCAUCCAUCCCCCGCCCCAUCCUACACUCCUGAACCCAUUUACAGGCCAACCUACGAGCCAGAACCCACCUACCACGCCCCAGAGCCUACCUACCAUGCUCCUGAGCCUACUUAUGAGGAGCCUGAGUCUUCCUAUGAACACGGCCCACCUGCCCCGACCUAUGCUCCUCAUAGACCCACCUACGCCCCCAGACCCACCUAUGCUCCUCCUACCUCAACCUACGGCCCCACCCAUCUCUUCCUAUGCUCCGCCAACCCCCUCCUACGGCACCCCUCAUCACUAACACUGAGGGAGAUGAUGUGAUUGAUGUGUUUCUGUAAGGAUUUAUUUAUCGACGAACUUCAACGAGCAUCAAUUAAACCUGCAAAAAAAAA